AUGACAGUAACGAGUCAAGAGCCGUAUAAAGAGGUUGUGCAGAUGGCUCUACGGGCUGAGAAGCUCAAGAUUGAGAAUAGAAAGAUUCAGGCCGAGUUUGCUAAAAGGAGGAAUCCGAAUAUAUCUUCCAAUAGAUCUUAUGUGAGCACGGCAUUUGCAUCAUUUUCUGAUAGAAACCUGUCACCUUUAGAGGAGGAAAUUGUAGUUCAUACCCCUCUAGGAGAACAGUUGAUUAGAAACACCUGUUAUAGAGAUUAUGGGAUAAGGGUUAGUAAGGAAGAAUUCAAGGCUGACUUAAUUCCUUUAGAGAUUCAGGAUUUUGAUUUGAUAUUGGCUUUGAAACUAGUGCGAAAAGGGUAUCCUGCUUAUUUGGUACAUGUGAUUGAUACCUCAAAGGGGGAACCUAAGUUAGAGGAUGUCCCAAUAGUAAAUGAGUUCUCUAAUGUGUUUUCGGAUGAGUUACCGGGACUACCUCCUGAUCAAGAGUUUGAAUUCUUUAUUGAUCUAUUUUUGGGUACCGCACCUAUUUCCAUUCCUCCGUAUCGGAUGGCUCCGGCGGAGUUAAAGGAGUUGAAAGUCCAGCUGCAAGAAUUAGUAGAUAAGGGUUUUAUUCGCCCUAGAAAGGCAAAUGUUGUAGCAGAUACCUUAAGUCGUAAAUCCUCAUCUUCAUUAGCAUCACUUCAAAAUUCUUAUUAUCCGAUACUACUUGAGUUGAAAUCUCUAGGGAUCCAAUUGAGUAAUGGCAAGGAUGGAACCCUACUUGCUAGCUUUGUUGUGAAACCCUCAUUGUUGAAUCAAAUCAAGGAAUUGCAGAAGUUCGAUGACGAGUUGAAACAGGAAGUUCAAAAGUUGCGAGAUGGAGAAACUAAUGAGUUCAGACUUGGUGAUGAUGGUAUCUUAAUGCUUGGGAACCGGGUUUGUGUCCCUAAAGAUGAUCAGCUGAGACGGGCUAUUUUGGAGGAAGCUUAUUCUUUCGCCUAUGCUUUACAUCUCAGAAGCACCAAAAUGUAUAGGACUAUCAAGGAAAUUGUGAUUCGGUUCGCUAAGCGAGGAAAGCUCAAUCUAAGAUACAUUGGACCCUUUCGUGUUAUUGAAAGGACUGGGCUAGUGGCAUAUAGACUAGAAUUACCCCCAGAGUUGGAUCGGAUUCACAAUGUCUUCCACGUCUCGAUGUUGAAGAAGUUUGUACCUGAUCCCUCUCAUAUCCUCGAGGCACCUCUGAUUAAGUUGCAAGAAGAUUUGAAGUUCGAGGUGCAACCUGUACGUAUUUUAGAUCGAAAAUAUUGA